CUCAAUUAUUGGAGGAGUUGUCAGAAAAUCAAAAAAUUUAGUGUCGUAUACGAUACUCGCGACCCAGAGAGAUUUGUUAAAGAUGUCGAUUUAUGGGUGUAUUUUGCAAGUAAACUAGCUAAUGUUGAACAUUUUAAACUUAGAUGUGAAGAUGGAUAUGUAUUUCCUCAGUUCGCAUAUAAGAAUACGUCUUGGAGAAAAUUGGAUAUACAGUUAUGUACAAAUUUGAACCCUUUAGCUAAUGUGGACUGGAGUGGUGUCGUUUCUCUUUCAUUUAGGUUCAUAGAUUGGACAGAUGGUGUCAUGGAAAAGGUAUUAUCUGGUUGCCCUAACUUGGAGUGCUUGAAAUUGUACCAAUUUUUGGGAGUUCAUUGUCUUGAAAUCAACAAUGCGAAGUUGAGAAAAUUGAUCAUAGACAACUCAGAAAUUGAUGAAUGUGACCUAUCACUUGAAAUAUUAUCCCCAUAUAUUCAUUUGAAAUUUCUGGUGUCAUGCCGUAGGAUAUACUUGAGAAAUGUGGCGUCCCUUGUAAAUGAGGUCCUUGAUUUUGAUUUUUGUUUUUGGAAAAGAAGACCCAUUGCAGAGGAAGGAGUGUACCUGUUUGAAGGAACUUUUUCACAACGUUGUGCAUGUCGAGAAGCUUGAAUUAGGUCCCAGGUGCAUCCAGUACCUGUCCAUACUGGAAUUGGAAGGGUGGAAGCCUCCACUAUCAAGCUGGAAAUUCUUACAGCUUGGCACAGAUUUGGAGCAAUUGAAUUUCCCGGGAAUUUGCUGUUUUCUACAGAAUUCAUCAGAUCUUAAGACUUUGGUCAUUGACGGGGACAAAUACCAAUCAACAGAACUGCUGCUAAAGUACACAAAUAAGGAUGAACAGAUUAGGAGGUUUGAGACACGUGAUUUCAACUGCUCAUUUCUACAUCUGAAGACUAUCAAGAUCCUUAAGUUUUCUGGAUGUGUGAUGCCAUUGGUGAAAUACUUGCUCAAGGAUGCAAUAGUUCUAGAAAAGUUCAUCACUGCUGCCAAAUACAAAAGGAGUGAUUUGUAUUAUGUCAAAAUGGUACAGGAGCUCCUGAGCAUUCCAAGAUCCUCUCCGCAAGCUUCAGUUAUCUUUUCUCAUAGAUAAUAACCUUGGGCCCCUAUUGUUUUAUAAAUCGCAACAUACUUAACAAUUACUCCCUCCGUUUAAAAAAGAAUGACCCCUUUUCCUUUUUAGUUUGUUUAAAAAAGAAUGACCUCUUUCCUUUUUUGG